AUGGCGAGAUUGGACAGCCUUAUAAUCGAUAUCGUGUACACGGCGGUCAGUAUGUCGCGCGACAGGUCAUCGCGUCGGUUCUACCGCGCCGACUCCACCCACGACCUGCUGUCCUACAUGGACCGCGGCCAGGCGGCCAGCGUGGAGAACAGGUGGACCUUCGAGACCGCAUGGGAGGCGGCGAACAAAGUUGGCGGCAUUUACACUGUCAUCAGAUCGAAGGCAUACGUGUCGACAGAAGAAAUGGGGGAUAACUACUGUCUGUUGGGUCCAUAUAAGGAGCACUGCGCCAGGACCGAAGUGGAAGAGGCCGAAUUUGCCCCCAACUCGCCCCUCACCACAGCCGUCAACGCGAUGAGGAGCCAGGGCUACAAGCUUCACACCGGCACGUGGCUGGUGGACGGCAACCCGCAGAUAAUCCUCUUCGACGUGGGCUCCGCCGCGUGGCAGAUGGACAGCUUCAAGCAGGAGCUGUGGGACACCUGCACCCUGGGCAUACCACACCUGGACGUGGAGGCGAACGACGCCAUCAUCCUCGGCUUCAUGGUCGCCCAGUUCAUCAUCGAGUUCAGGAAGGCGGCCGAGAACUGGAGCGACACGCCUCCCCGCGUGGUAGCCCACUUCCACGAGUGGCAAGCCGGCAUCGGGCUGAUUGUUCUCAGAGUACGCCACAUAGAUGUCGCGACGGUGUUCACAACGCACGCCACCCUCCUCGGCAGAUAUCUGUGCGCCGGCAACACUGACUUUUACAACAACUUGGAUAAGUUCUCCGUGGACGAGGAGGCGGGCAAGAGACAGAUAUACCACCGGUACUGUAUGGAGCGGGCGGCGGCGCACAUGGCGCACAUUUUCACCACCGUCUCCGACAUAACGGGAUACGAGGCGGAACACCUCCUCAAGCGGAAGCCGGACAUCAUCACCCCGAACGGUCUAAACGUGAAGAAGUUCUCGGCCCUUCACGAGUUCCAGAACCUGCACGCCCUCGCCAAGGACAAGAUACACGAGUUCGCCAGGGGCCACUUCUACGGCCAUUUCAACUUCGACCUGGACAAGACGCUGUACUUCUUCAUCGCGGGUCGCUACGAGUUCGGCAACAAGGGUGCGGACAUCUUCAUAGAGGCACUGGCGCGUCUGAACCACUAUCUGAAGUCGGUGGACUCUGACACCACGGUGAUAGCGUUCCUGAUCUUCCCCGCGAAGACGAACAACUUCAACGUGGAGAGCCUCCGAGGCCACGCGGUCACCAAGGCGCUGCGCGACACCAUCCAGGACAUCCAGCAGAAGGUCGGCAAGCGGAUGUACGACGUGUGCCUCAGCUGGGAACCAUGCACCAGGGUCAAAAACAACACGACCGCUUGUACUAGAACUCACGAUUCUCACUCCGCUCAGGGGCCACCUCCCGAGCCCGACGAGCUCCUCCACAAGGAGGACACCGUCCGCCUGAAGAGGUGCAUCUACGCCCUGCAGCGGGACGGUCUACCGCCGGUCACGACGCACAACGUGGUGGAUGACUGGAGCGACCCGGUGUUGAAUUCCAUCCGCAGAUGUCAGCUGUUCAAUACUGUGAAUGACAAAGUCAAGGUGAUCUUCCACCCCGAGUUCCUGACGUCCACCAACCCGCUGUUCGGGCUGGAGUACGAGGAGUUCGUGCGCGGCUGCCACCUGGGCGUGUUCCCCUCCUACUACGAGCCGUGGGGCUACACGCCCGCCGAGUGCACCGUCAUGGGCAUCCCCAGCAUCACCACCAACCUCUCGGGCUUCGGCUGCUUCAUGCAGGAGCACAUCGCCGAUCCGAUGUCGUACGGCAUCUACGUGGUGGAUCGCCGCUACAUCUCCCUGGAGGGGUCCGUCCAGCAGCUGGCCCAGUACAUGUUCGACUUCACCAAGUUGACCCGUCGGCAACGCAUCAUACAGAGGAACAGAACCGAACGGCUCUCGGACCUUAUGGAUUGGAGGAACCUCGGAAUUUACUACAGGCAGGCGCGCGCCCAGGCGCUGAAGAUCGUCUACCCGGACUACGUGGACCACAUGGACAUCGAGCUGGGCAAGCGGUUCAACUACCCGCGCCCCAUCUCGGAGCCGCCCAGCCCCACACACUCCAUGCGACGGGAGGGCCGGCUGUCGCCGUCGCACGCGGCCGAGUGCGAACGGAGAGGGACGAGAGACGCCGCGGUCCAGUGCGAGUGCGGCCGGGGCGGCAGCGUGCAGCGCUCGCUGGAGCUGCUGCAGAUAGACUGCGAGGCUGCGGAGGGGCUGGAGGUCGGCUUCGAGAGGCCGUUCGCCGAGGCCGAAUUGGCGGACGACAAUUACCGGACGCCGAACGAGAGCUUCCUGGAGCCGCUGGCGGAGGCGGUGGCCGAGCAGAUAGACGAGCUCAUCUCGAAGCUGAGCGCGUGCGCCGACGAGGGGAAGGCGGAC